AUGGCUUCUUACGAUGAUCUGAUGGCGGACUAUCGAUCUAGAUUCGCGGAACUCGAGCGUAAAGAGCAGAAUGUCUUGUAUGAACAGAGAUACUUGAUAAAGGCAAGUUAUAUCCUCCUCCCACUGCCUUCUCCCCCUCCCCUCACGCCCCUAAACCCCAUAUUCCCCCCAGCAUAUCCGCUCACAAGUAUGAAGAAAUUGCUUGAUGACAACGUACGUUUAAUUCAAGAUUGCAACAACCUUGCUGCCGCCGAUGACAAGCAGAAGAGAAUUGAGAGUCUUGAAGCGUCAUUGAAAAGUGAAGAGAAUUUGAGAAUGGAGCAGGAGAACGAGAUUUUGAAGCUACGGGAGUUCAAAGCAUUCGUGGUAAGUGCAUUCCACAUGGUGAUAUCUUCGCGUUGACCUCUGCUAAAUAUUUUGCAGGAGAAGUCGAAGUUCGUGUUAGUACUCAUCGACGCAGAUGCAGAAAUGUAUUGGACAAGUCUUUCCAAACCCCCAAGGAGUGACGGUUCUCCAGACUAAUCAAUUUGGAAGUUCAAUAAUGAAUAUCUCAAGGACGGUGUUAUCGGAGGUGCAAAGGCAGCACAAGCGUUCAUGGCAAAAGUCAGGGAGUACCUGGUAUCCACACCAGGACUCGUCGCCAAUCCCAACUCUGUGCAGGUCAAGGUGAAAGCAUAUGCAAACCUAGAAGCGCUAGAGAAGGUUUGCUUGGCGAAAAGAAAGAUUGGGACAGUUGGUGAUCUGCGGCGUUUCUGGAUCGGCUUUACUCGUGCGUUUGCAAUGUGCGAUGUCGUGGAUGUGGGACACGGCAAGGAAGAAGCAGAUAGCAAGAUUCGAGGUAAGACCAUUGCGUCCCGCCAAAGUAUACAAUCGCAAAAUACAUAGAGCGCUAACCUUACUGUACAGAUGUUUUGAACUUCAACAUUGACACUGUCCAAUGCGCCCACGUACUGAUGGCAUGUUGCCAUGAUACUGGAUAUAUUACCGAGCUUCGAAAGUAUUCUGUGCCAGCAAUGGUUCAUCGAAUAACACUUCUGCAAAUAGGAGAAAUCCGCUUCGAGAUGAAGAACCUGGGGUUUAGCACAACACAAAUAUUUGAACCACUCUUCUCCUUCAUUUCUAAGCCCGUCAUUCAUAAUGACUCCUCAGAUACUCCCCAAGAGAAAGAAGAGAGUUUGGAGAUGACUUUUCACCAACUACUCAAUCUUUCAAUUGGUCGUAAAGUAUCGGCGCGUAAUGGGAAUAACCGGAGGCACGUUCAUCAACAAUCGGCAGCGACCAAUAGUCCAGCGAGCAAGCAGAUAAACGACUUCAGGAAGAUGAUCACAAAGGCGGAUCUUUGCCUUGCUCAUUACGCUGGUUUCGAAUGCCAUCCUUCCCCCUGCUCUUACAAUCACACCUACCGCAAGGAACGCUCAGAGCUAUCGUCUCCAGAGCGUACGGUUAUUUUUGACUUGUAUCGAGGAUUUUGGAGUCACUCCGAGAAUCUAUUGAAGCCUAAUGUGCAGCCUAAUAGACGCUGGGAUAAAUCAUCAGGAGAUUGGGGAUACGAUUCGAUGUUGGGGCAAUGAAGAGGAAUGGGAUCGGGAAGGAGAUGUUUGAUGUACUAGGGAACGUAGUAUCUCAUCACUGGGAGACACGCUAAGUGUCUAUCUACUGGGAGGUCUGAAAA